AACCCAGUUCAUAUAUUUAUAAACAAAGUUUGAACGAUUCUUAAAGAAAGAUUUCUUCAAUUUUUCAUUAUUUUUGCUUCAAAUAUCAUGUAUAUUUAUGAUAAAAUGAUGUUUCAAACUCUUCAACCAUGAAAAAAAGGGAUUUAUUUUAGCAAACGUGGAAGAGGCAAGUUGUCAUGGACAACGACAACACUGACACAGACCCUCCAUCCAAGGAUUAGAAACAACAGUUUUCUUGAUAAAAUGUCAGCUCUUGAUCCCAGAAAAAGUGUCUUAGRAAGAUUACAGAACCGAGAGAGAAACAGAGAAUGGGUGGCUCAAGAGAAGACGACGAGAAGAUGGUCUGCAGAAUCUGGACGGGAUGUGCUUGCUAGCAGUGGAAGGCGACCUCAUGAGCGUAAAGCUACGAGUCCUCAGUAUCUACCAAGGCUAAAAACACCUCCAGAAUGGCCACGAGAAUAUCAACAUGACAGUGAUCUUAGGAGAGGGAAAAUGACUGUGGUACCCCCCCUGGGGACCAAUAAGGCUUUUGACAGCAAAAGUACCAAGCAAAAAUCACACUCACGUCAAAGAGUCCAAUACAGACAAGCUAAUCAGAAUCAAUGGUUUGGAGCUCAAGAUAUGAACUCUGGGAUCCCUGUUCCACCACCCAUUGUAUAUGGACAGCCACAACCAAAUGGUUCUGCUAUUGUUCCAAGCUAUUCUACACAACCCUACCCCCCAGGGAUGUAUCCUGUACCAAUGUAUAUGACUUAUGCACCAGUAUUUCUUCCCCAUAUGCAGAACACUAGUGGAUUUCCCAUGGGGGUAGUAGGCGGUAGACAGUUCUAUCAAAGAAGAUUGAGCAGAGAUGAGGCAGCCACAAGCAUACAGAAGUUUUUCCGGGGAUGGAGGGAACGAAAGAAUUCCAGACACCUUCAACUUAAGUUCUUAACACAAAAGUACUUUGCAAGAAAUUUCAUUGAUAAUUUGAUAUCUGAAUUCCUUCAAGAAGAGAUCAUCCCUGAUCUUUUGAUACAGGUUUUGUCGCACAAGAAAUUCCUGUCACCCCAUGACCCUCUCUAUAGAAUAUCAAGCAGCAUCUGUGCUGAUGUGAUUGACAAAGAUGUGUCCAUGUUUCUUGAUCAAAUUGCUGCCAGUGUCUUCUAUUCUCAAAUGCAACUAGAAAACAUCAGUGCCAAUGACCCUCUUGUUCAAGUCUGCCGAGAACUGAUUGAUGAAGUUGUCGAUGAGAUGGCUGUUGAGUUGGUACCAUUAACUGUCAAAUCACUUGUCAACAGUCACAUGACAAUGAUCAAGAGUGAUGAUUGGCUAGAAGGUUUAAUAUUAGAAACUAUCCAACCAAUGAUGAGUAAUGUGGCAUCUACAGCACUUGAAGGAUACAAAUAUGAAGCAACUGUUGAAGAGAUCAUUGAAGAAGUGACUGAUGAUCAGAUGAAGCCAGUUAUCGUUGAAGCCUGGAAAGAAGUGAUUGAUUCCCAUCGUGAUGUACAGAUCCUUGGGAUUGGUAAAUAUGCAGAAGGCAGAGUACUUGAUAGUCUGUUUCUUGAGCAUCUCCUGAGUCACUUGGCAGGCAAUAACUUAUCUCUGUACUUUAGAGACUACAUGGAACAAACUAUGGAUGGUCUGGUGUGUGGAGUCUUGCUGCACCAAUAUAUGCUGGUUGACAGAAGCAGUGACGAUACGCUAUCAAACUAUGUUCUAAAAGAAUAUCAUCAGAAGUUGUAUACAGAUAUGGCCUUAGAUGUUAUUAUGGAUGAAUUGUGUGCACACUUGGAUGAAGACAUGCAAGACUUACUAGAGAAAGAAAGGGCUGAUAAUACAGAUGAUUACAGUCUGAAUUAAUACUCCAUCACUAAAUAGAAGCUAGACUACAAUGGAACUAAAGGGUUUCUAAAGAGUCAGUUUCAGAGUAAAUGGGACGUGUCCCUUUAAAUCUGUUUAAUUUAUUCAAGAACUACAGUCCUAUUUAUUAAAAUUAUGUUAAAGAAUGUAAGUAUUAUGUUUUGUUAUAUGUACAAAGUGUAGAGAAGCUAGUCAAUAUAAAGAAAUGUUAAAAAGGAAAAUAAAAAUGAAUCAAAACCA